UCUUUCUCUGUUCAUUGCCAUGCAACGUCCACCCAGAAAUUCUUCUUGCCCUUCCAUUUUGCGUAAUGGGAAACGAGAAGACGAAGAAGAAGAAGAAGAAGGAGGAACCCAAAGUUGUUGUUGUCGAAUUCAGGGUCUCGAUGCAUUGCAACGCGUGCGAAAGAACGGUUGCAAGAACCAUUUCGAAGAUCAAAGGUCUCUCUCUCUCUUCUUUCUCUCUCUUCUGUAACAAGAAUCUCAAGAUGGGUUUGGUGGAUCUACGUACGUUCGUGUUGCAUGAGACAUGCAGAUCGGAUGUGGUGACAAUGGAAAACGGACGGUUCUUCAUGUGUGCUUGUUUUACGAUAAAUGUAGGGGUGGAGACGUUUUCGACAGAUAUGAACCAGCACAAGGUGGUCGUGACGGGGCGGAUCGAUCCGAAGAAGGUUUUGAAGAAGUUGAAGAAGAAGACGGGGAAGAAGGUCGAGAUUCUGGAGAAUAAGGAGGACCGAGCGAACGAAGAGGGCGCGAAUGACGACGGAGAAGGCAAAGAGGGAUCGAAAGCGAUGGUGGCCGAAGAGCAAAAUGUGAUUAUCCAUCCUUCAAUGUUGGGUUAUUGUUGCGUAGAAAAUGAAGUCUUGAUGAUGUUUAGUGAUGAGAAUCCGAAUGCAUGUUCCAUAAUGUAGAGAGAGAGAUUACGGGGCAAAUAAUGU